GCCAGUUCCGGGCGGCGGCGGCAGCGGCGGCAAGAUGGUGCUGCUGCACGUGCUGUUCGAGCACGCGGCCGGGUACGCGCUGUUCGCCGUGCGGGAGGUGGAGGAGAUCAGCCUGCUGCUGCCGCAGGUGGAGCAGAGCGUCCUGACCCUCGGCAAGUUCCUCAACGUGGUGAAGCUCGUGGCCUUCUCCCCCUUCAAGUCUGCCCAGAGCGCCCUGGAGAACAUCAACGCUGUCUCCGAGGGGAUUCUCCAUGAGGACCUGAGGCUGCUGCUGGAGACCUCCAUGCCCGCCAAGAAGAAGAAGGUGCUGCUGGGGGUGGCCGACCCCAAGAUGGGGGCAGCCAUCCUGGAGGAGCUGGGCUUCCAGUGCCAGACCGGGGGGGUGGUGGCCGAGCUCCUGCGGGGGAUCCGGCUGCACUUCCACGCGCUGGUGAAGGGCCUGACAGCCCAGUCGGCCUCCAAGGCCCAGCUGGGCCUGGGGCACAGCUACUCCCGGGCCAAGGUCAAGUUCAACGUCAACCGGGUGGACAACAUGAUCAUCCAGUCCAUCAGCCUGCUGGACCAGCUGGACAAGGACAUCAACACCUUCUCCAUGCGCGUACGGGAGUGGUACGGGUACCACUUCCCCGAGCUGAUCAAGAUCGUCCCCGAGAACUUCAGCUACUGCCGCCUGGCCAAGUUCAUCGGGAACCGCAAGGAGCUGAGCGAGGAGAGCCUGGAGGGGCUGGAGGAGAUCGUCAUGGACAGCGCCAAGGCCCAGGCCAUCCUGGAGGCCUCGCGCUCCUCCAUGGGGAUGGACAUUUCCCCCCUGGACCUCAUCAACAUCGAGAGCUUCUCCAGCCGCGUCAUCUCGCUCUCCCAGUACCGGCAGGGCCUGCAGGAGUAUCUGCGCUCCAAGAUGAGCCAGGUGGCUCCCAGCCUCUCGGCGCUCAUCGGGGAGGUGGUGGGUGCCCGCCUCAUCUCCCACGCUGGCAGCCUGACCAACCUGGCCAAGUACCCGGCCUCGACGGUGCAGAUCCUGGGGGCAGAGAAGGCCCUGUUCAGGGCACUGAAGACCCGGGGAAACACCCCCAAGUACGGUCUCAUCUUCCACUCCACCUUCAUCGGGCGGGCGGCCGCCAAGAACAAGGGCCGGAUCUCCCGGUACUUGGCCAACAAGUGCACCAUCGCCUCCCGCAUCGACUGCUUCUCAGAAGUCCCCACCAGUGUCUUUGGGGACAAGCUGCGGGAGCAGGUGGAGGAGCGCUUGGCCUUCUACGAGACCGGGGAGCCACCCCGCAAGAACCUGGAGGUGAUGAAGGAGGCGGUGGUGGAGGCGAGCGAGGUGGUGGCUGAGGUCAAGAGGAGGCAGGAGAAGAAGGAGAAGAAGAAGAAGAAACGUGAGAAGCGGCGGCUGGAGGCUCUGGCUGCGGCUGCAGAGGAGGUGGAGAACUCGGUGGCAGAGGCAGAGGAGAACGACAUCGAGCCCAAGAAGAAGAAGAAAAAGAAGAAGCAGCAGCAGGAAGUGGAAGCUGAGUCGGAGCCAGAGCCCGAGGAGAAUGGGCUGGAGGAAGAGGCUUUGCCCAAGAAGAAAAGGAAACUGAUGGUGGAGGCUGGAGAGGAGGAAGAGGAGAAGAAGAAGAAAAAGAAGAAGAAGAAGGUGGUGGUUGGGGACUCAGAGGAGGACUGAGGCAGCAGAGCUGGAGUCAGGCUGUGCUCCAGCAGGAUGGACUGAUGGACAGGCAGGACGGACUGAGGGACAGGCAGGAGCUCAGCUGGAGCAGCCUCGGGGUUUUGGCACCUCGGGGCUUGGUUGGGCCCCCCUGGCCAGGCCAAGGACCCCCCUGGCCUGGGGGCAGCGCUGGAGCCCCCUGGGCCCCGUCCCGGGGGUGGGUCGGGCUGUGUGUGCAGAGUCUGUCCCGGCCCGGGGAGGGGCGGGGGUGGAGCCCCCCACGUGUGACCCCGCCCCAAUAAAGGGCAGCGGUUGUUGA